AUGAGGCGCCGGGCUCGGACCGCGCCCGGGCUCGCCCUGUUCUGUCUCGCCGCCCUGCUGGCCGCCGCCGCCGGGCUGCCCCCUCCCGGCUCCGCGCCGCCCCCCGAGCCCGGCAGCGGCAGCGGCGGCCCCGCCGACAGCAGCCCGGCGCCCACCCCGCCCCGGGAGGAAGCGGAGGAGGAGGAGGAGGAGGAGGAGGCGGCGGCCGCGGGCCCCGCAGGAGAGCUAUGCAACUGCAGUGCUGUGGGGAGCAGUGGGUGCCACGACACUCCGGGACGCUGCACCUGUCUGCCAGGCUAUGCGGGGCUGCACUGCGAGCACUGUGCCCAUGGCUUCCACCACGACCACAGCCAGCAGCACUGCCUGCCCUGUGCCUGCAGCCCUACUGGUGCCCUCGGACCCAGCUGCGAUGACGAUGGGAAAUGCCGGUGCAAAGUCGGCGUGACAGACCUCAAGUGUGACCGGUGCAGUGAUGGGUAUUACAGAGCCAACAGCACCUGUGAGCCGUGCCAGUGCAACAACCACUCCAACACCUGCGACCGCCUAACAGGCACCUGCCUGCACUGCCAGGGCAACACGGAGGGGAAGCACUGCGAGCUCUGCAGGAGUGGCUUCUACAGGAGCGCCCACAGCUGCCACCGCUGCCCCUGCUCCACCGUGGCAUCGACCGGCACCUGCCAGAUCCAGCCUGGUGAAGCUGCCCCAACGUGUGACAAGUGCAAAGUUGGCUACACUGGCCCCAACUGCAACCAGUGUGCCAAUGGCUACUACAACUCCGACAGCAUCUGUGUCAGGUGCCAGUGCAAUGGGAAUGUGGACCCCACACUGUCCCCCAGCAUCUGCAAACCAGAGAGUGGCGAGUGCAUCGGGUGCCUGUACCACACUGCUGGCUUCCACUGCCACGAGUGUGAGGACGGCUAUGUCAGGGACCCCGAGGGAAUCAACUGCACCAGGAAAGAAGCCACUCUUGGCCCAGAAAUAACAGAGUUUAUAAGUCCUGCUCCGAACACUAGCAAGGCAACGUCACUUCCAACUGCAGUGACAAACAGUACAUUGUCACCAACAACUAUACAGACUAUAUUCCCUUUAAGUUCCUCUGACAAUAGUACCUCUGCUUUUGCAGAUGUUUCUUGGACUCAGUUUAAUAUAAUUAUUUUGACAGUCAUCAUCAUUGUCGUGGUCCUACUAAUGGGCUUUGUGGGUGCUGUCUAUAUGUACCGUGAGUAUCAAAACAGAAAACUUAAUGCUCCUUUUUGGACCAUUGAACUCAAAGAGGACAACAUCAGCUUCAGUAGCUACCACGACAGCAUCCCCAACGCUGAUGUUUCGGGGCUGCUGGAAGAUGAUGGGAAUGAAGUGGCACCGAAUGGACAGCUGACGCUGACGACUCCCAUGCACAAUUUUAAAGCUUAGAAGAGGAAGCAAUCCAGCUGUUCCAGAGUUGGCUUAAAGAAGUUACAGAGCUUGUUGAAGGGGUAUCAGGAUCCGUGCCAAGGCUCCGUGCAGAGGAAUUUGCUCUUCAGAUACUCUUAGCUGGGCAUGCUGUAGCUCGCAGGUGAACAGGAGGAAGGUGUAGUACGUCCGAAUGUCAGGUAAUGUGGUGAAGUGCAUUCAGUGUGUUGUUCUCCAUAAGGACCCAUAAUAUAAUUCACUGUCGGUAAAGACUCGAUUAUGCUGAUUUUAAAAUAUCCUUUUUACGUAGAGGUGAUGGGGCAGUGAAAGCAAUGCCCCAUUAAUCAGAAGCUACUCUGUUUCCAGCCAACCUAACACUUAUGCCUGCAUCUUUAGCUUGAAAAGUAGCUUAUGAAUUAACAGUGGAUUUUCAGGAAACAGACCUUUGUAAAGGCUUUGUAUUACUUCCUGAUGUGAAUUUGCUUGAAAAGGAGGACAAAAAAUGGGAAAUGAUUGUUUAUUGUACUACCAAGCAAGUAGAGGAGUGAGUUGCACACUUGAACAAAAGUCACCAUUAACAGUUUCCACAAAGCUGGGAAACGGGAAAAAAUAUCACAAAAAUAUUGGAGUUAGGGAGGAGAGUAAGCUUUUCCCUUUCUGAGUAUUUAUACAGGGUGAUGAUGCUAUUAAAACAUAGCAAUCCACUUUUUUUUUUUUUUUCUAGAAGAGGUUAAUGAACUUGUAUAGUUUCUGUGCAAGGGAAGACGACAAGACAUCUCAGGGUUGCUGUGUA